AUGUGCAUCCCCUCAAAAGAAUUAGUUCUUCAUACAAUUUCGUACGGUGUUCGUUUAAUUAAAGCAAAAACUAUAUAUGUAUCUACUGAUAAUGAUCCUAUGUUGUCAUUAAUUCGCCGUCACUUUAGUGAUACAACUGUAAAACGUGUUGUGUGGGAACCUAAUCGAAAACCUGAAGAAGAUUUGGCAUUGUUAGGUAGAAUCGAUUUAGCUAUCCUCAAUUGUGUGUCAACUUACUCUGCUGCGGUGAAACGUGAACGGGAUGCAAAGAAUUUACCCAAGGAUUGGAAGUAUUGUGUAAUUCGACUAAUAAAGCUGUCAACUACUGGUGGUCGAAACUGUACCAAAAAUAAGUUCUUAGUGUAUCAUAAAUAUCACCACGAUUGUAAAGCUCAAUUGUCCAGAGCGUUUCACUGGCUUAUUGAAGAAAGGAUGGAAAGAUCGCCUGUCAUUAGUGUUGUGUUUCAUCUUCGAACAAUGAUGCUUAUUACUCUUCUGACUCUGGUGGACGUAUAUUUCAUCAAAACAGCAUACUGGAAGCCAGCUACACACGGAAUAUCCGUACAUUUGGCUUUGGGGAUAGAGUAUUUCAUUUUAAUAUUGAGUCUUCUAUCGACUACUGUACGUUAUAUUUUACAUUCGAUUGACUCUAUGCGAGAACAUUCCUGGAAUAAGAAAGCUACGUAUCUCUUAUAUGUGGAUAUUCUCAUUGGAUUUAUUCGUUUGGCUGUGUACGUUGAGUUUACGUUCAUCAUGUGGUCACUGCAUCCGUUUCCUUUAUUUAUCGCGCGACCUAUCUAUCUUAGCAUCAGAUCACUAAAAAAGGCGAUUCGAGAUAUGUUGAUGUCACGUCGUGCCAUUCGAUACAUGAACACAGUUUUCCGCGAUGCCACUCCAGAUGAUUUGGCUUCCUCCUCAGAUACUGUUUGCAUAAUCUGUCGUGAAGAAAUGAAUCUUCAGACAGAUAAUAUACCAUCGGUUGGGACUUCAGCUCUUAAAAGGUUACCUUGUUCUCACAUUUUCCAUUUUGGUUGUCUACGUUCGUGGUUUCAACGUCAACAGACUUGUCCAACCUGUCGAAUGGAUGUCAUACGUGAAGCUAGAGUGCAAGAAAGACAGCGACAACAACCUCAUCGUUCAGCAACUACCAAUAAUACACAACCAGAAAGCUCAACAACUUCUGGUCCAUCUAAUUCAACUGCGACACCAUCUAUUGCAGCUAAUAAUCAAAACUUAUCAGUGCCAUGGAUGCCUCCUGCCAAUGCAUUCCCGUUUUAUCCACCAUUUAUUCCUCCUACUAAUAAUUCAACAACUACACAAGCUCAGACAGUCUUUCCGUCUGUGCCUCCUUUAUACAUACCACCCUUUAUGGGGAUGCCUAUAAUAUACCCUGGUAACUUGUUCUCUAGUGGAAAUACUCCUAUGCCAGAACCGCCCUCUGGACCACCUGAAUCAACUGAUGAAGCUCGUCUUCGUGCCAGUGCUGAAGCCCGUUUCACCGCUUUACGUCAAAUAAAUGUACUGUUGAAUGCAGCUGUCCUGCAAAUGAAUGCUUACCUCAAUGCGGCUAGCGCUCCUCCAAGUGAAUUAGAACCUAUUACUUCUAUUAACACUGUCCUCAACACCGACGAUGUGGGAUCAAAUAAUGAAGGAAAGGGAGCCUCAAGUAGUGAUGUAAAUUCUCAGUUAGACUCGGAUGGUAAGAGUCCCCUUGCAUCAGAAGACUCGGAAUUUACGGAAGUUCGUAAACGUAGACUAGAACACUUUGAAUGCUCGUCUGGAGAAAUCACAUCAAAGUCUAACUCCGAACUUAAUGAUGUGUCCAAUUGA